AUGUCAACGGAAUCAGGCUCAUCUGUUAUUGAAGAAUGCUAUGAAUUCUUAGUCCUGGUUUCUACUGCUUGUGAAGAUGGAAUCAAAACAUUCUACGAGUCUGGAGGCAUGAAUAUGCUAGCUUCCCAAAUGUCCACUUUGCCAGACGGUUCUCACACAGUACAGCUUGCCAUAAGACUUGUUCAAUUGAUGAUAAGCAAGCUGUCCCUGGACAGCAUCUGUAAUGAAAACGCUUCAGAGCUGUCAAUAAUGGUGGCUACAAUGGCAAAGCAUUUUGCUGUAUUGCACAAUGCCCUGAAAUUUGAAGUGCUCCACCUACUGUCUGCAAUCCUGUCACAUUAUGAUGCACCUCUGCAUGAUGCUCUUCGUUUAAUGAAGAAUGACGUUUGGUCAGCUUACAUACGUGUUGGUGUCACCGACAUUUUACAGAAUCGGGUUGCACCCGCUGCCAAACUUCAGGCUCUUAUUUUGGCGGAGUCUGUCAUUUCUACUGUUGGUGAGGAGUGGCUUAUUGGACAGAUGAACUUACCUGAUUUGCAAGACCGUGUUCCAGCUGACAGGUGUAUAUUGCUUGUUUUGGAGUCAUCUAGGGUUGAAAUUGCUGUUCUUCUUAAUGAGAUAGCCUACUUGAAAUAUGAAGUUUCCAAGAAUUCAUCGUCCAAUGACAAGAACAUUCUUUUAAAGCAAAGGAAUCUUGGUGUUUGCUUUUCUUUGGUGGAAAAGAUAAUAAAACUAAUUUCAAAAGUUGGUGAAGACAAAGAUUGCAUUAUAAGUGAACGCAUUACUAAGAUCAUUUGUGGGCUUGACGAGACGAUUGGUGUCAUUCUAGAGUAUUUACAAGAUGCCAAGGAUCAUGGACAGAAAAAAGGAGACGAUCUUCUUGCUUCGGUGCGGAUUAGUGGAAGCUAUCUUGCAGAAGCACCCCAUGCAUGCAAAGAGAAAGUUAGGGAGCUUCUAGCGUAUAUGCUUUCCGUCGAAGGUGCAGACGAGCCGAGCCCUUUUUACUCCAUCUGCUUUUUGCUUCCAAUGCUGUGUCAACUAACAAUGGAGGUUGAUGGAUGCAAGUCUUUGGCUUCUUCAGGAGCAUAUAAAGCUGUUGUGGGAUGCCUCAUCAAAUUGAUUGGGCCAAGUUGUUGUAAUGAUGAGGACAAUGUUUCCAUAUUCUUGGCUUGUGAUACCAUUUUGAGUUUUCUGUUGAAGAGGGAGCAAAUACGAUUUCCCUUGGAUGAUGCUAGUUUUGUGAAACUUCUGGCAGCAUUAUCUCAUUGGGCAGGUAUCCCUUCUGUCACUGCUUUAAAUGUUGUGGGAUGCCUCAUCAAAUUGAUUGGGCCAAGUUGUUGUAAUGAUGAGGACAAUGUUUCCAUAUUCUUGGCUUGUGAUACCAUUUUGAGUUUUCUGUUGAAGAGGGAGCAAAUACGAUUUCCCUUGGAUGAUGCUAGUUUUGUGAAACUUCUGGCAGCAUUAUCUCAUUGGGCAGGUAUCCCUUCUGUCACUGCUUUAAAUGUAUUGAUGUGUGCAUUAUUGUCCCAUGCUAGUAAUGAAAAUGAGAGCUUAGUUGUUAUUAUUUUGUUUACUAGAUGUACGUAA